UCUCACUUACUUCCGGGUUUGGGUGCCUCCAGGAGACGAAGUUCACGGCAUGUAUCUGACAGUUUCUGUGAAAUAUAUAGCCUUUUAGGUGAUAUCCAUGGGGUUACAACAUUUUCGCAGCAUCUUAAGACCGCGGUAGUAGGAAGGCUGCACAGAAAAGUGCUAAAAUCAAGAUGGAGCAGAGACAUCGGGACAUCCUGAGGAGGAACCGGGUGAAGCUGGUCAAGAACGUCAAAGUGCAGCACAUCAAUAACUUCCUCAUACAGGAGGAUGUUCUGACAGACACCAUGGUGGAGGAAAUCAUGGCAGAGAAAACCAGUCAUGGCAGGGUGGAGCAGCUUCUGGACACACUGGUGACCAGGGGACCCAAGGCAUUCAUGAUGUUCUGUAAGUCCUUGGAGGAACUCUAUGGCUGGCUAAGUAAGGAUCUACUGGAGCAGGACCAGAGGAGAGUGGAAGCAACAACAGCUGUACAGUGUCAAGAGGAUGUGUUAGAGGACAAGUUUGCCAGGAUGAACCUACAGGACUCUGCAAGGGGGAAGGAGACCUUGACAGAGAAGGAACUGAACAAGUUAGCUGACAAACUUGGUUCAGAGUGGGAAAAACUGGCCAUAGAACUAGACUUCAAAAAGUCAGAACUCUACAAAUUCAAAGAGGACAAUAAAAAUAAUGUUCAUGCACAGAUAUUUGACAUGCUGUGUAAAUGGAAAGAAAGACAGGGAAGAAAGGCUACAGUAGGAAACCUGAUUCAUAGUAUGCAUGAAGUUAGCAUAGGUGAAGAUGUGUACAAGUUUCUUCUAUGAAAGCCAAGGGGCUAAGGUCUUAGAUUUAAUUCUUUUUGUUCAGAUAACUAGUGUUCAACUUGAACAUGUAGCAACACAUAGUCAAUUGACAAAAUUGGACCAGGACAGACUAUGGCAUCUAGACCAACCUUGUGCCUUAUGUCCUGAAGAUACAUGUAAGAUCAGUCAAGUACAUAUUGCAGCUGAAAAUCAACUACUUGUUGGCCUUAGUUGUGUGAUAAGCAGAUAAUUCACAAACGGAACUGUGGCACAUACUUAAUGCCAUAGACAUGAUUAUAUAUUGUACACUACAGUUUUGGGGAUCAGAGGCACAACAUGUUAGCUUCAUGAUAAUUUUUUUCUGAGAAAAACAUGAGGUGAAGUGUCUUAAUGUAACCUUUCUGGUAAUCAGCAUUUGAUAACUUUGUAGUCAAAUGUUUCAAUGUGUUUUUUUAUCAACCAAUAACUACCAUGAGAUGUACAAAUGGGAUUGCCUUCUUAUCUACAUGGGUCUCAGGACUUAUUGUUAAUAUAUAUAUAUUAUACAUUAGCCUUCACAUAUCAUUCAAACACAAAUUAGAAUAUUGCUCCUAUGCAUGUCUAUA